AUGCCUAUUGCUGGGCAUUUCAAAUUUUCAAAUGAUCAAUGUCCAAAGAAUAAUGAAGAUACAAAAAGAAUGGAAAGUGUUUCUUAUUCAGAAGCAAUAGGUUGCUUAAUGUACUCAAUGGUGAGUACCAUACUUGAUCUAGCCUAUCCUAUAAGUGUAUUAAGUAGGUAUAUGGCUAAUCUAGGUGAACCUCAUUGGGAAGGUUUGAAAUGGUUGUUAAGAUACAUCAAAGGCACUUUUAAUUAUGGAUUGUACUUCAAGAAAGCCAAGGGACAGAUUGAACUCGAAGGAUUGGUGGAUUCUGACUAUGCAGCAAAUAGAGACAAUAGGAAGUCAGUAACAUCAUUUAUUUUCUUGUUGAAUGGAAAUUGUAUUUGCUGGAAAACUCAACUACAACCUGUGGUGGCAUUGUCUACAAUUGAGGCAGAAUUUAUGGUAGUAACUGAAGCUAUCAAAGAGGGAAUUUGGCUUCAAGGCUUACUUAAAGAGCUAAAGAUGUUGAAGGGAAGAGUUACUAUAAGGGAGAAAAUUGAAAACAAAGAGAUUGACUUGGAAAAGGUCCCUACUGAAGAAAAUGCAGCAGACUUGGGUACUAAGGUGCUGCCUUUGAACAAGUUCAAAUAUUGUUUGAACUUGAUUGGUCUUGAAGAAUGA